AUGCCUUGUGAAUCAAAGUGUCAUGGUGGGCCAGGAUAUGUUUCUCCUCGAGAUGCUAUAAAUGGACCUCGUGAAAACAUUCUCUUUACUACUGCUCCUCACGCAGCUGAUGGUCAUGAUGCUAUCUUUUCCAUUGAUGUGAACCCAAAUAGUGGCACGUACUGUCAGGUGAUUGUUCAUUGAAUUUCAAAUUACUUAUUUCUCGGAGAAGUUUGCAUCAGCCACUGAUCUUGUCGGACUGCAGGUUGUUAGCCGAGUUGAUGUACCGAACAUUGGCGACGAAGUGCAUCAUACUGGUUGGAAUUCGUGCUCUUCAUGCCAUGACAAACCAACCGCAAAGAGGUUUUUUUAUGUGUUUAUUAAUAACAAGAUAUCAUGUUUGUAUUUGUUAGAUCGCAUUUGAUCUUACCGUGCCUCAAUUCGGACAGAAUCUACGUCAUAAAUGUGAAAGACGAGAGAAACAUAUUCCUUCAAACUACUGUUGAACCUUCAACUCUGCAUGGAAUGGAUCUUUCGUUCCCGCAUACUUCUCACUGCCUUGCUGAUGGAAACAUUAUGAUCAGCACAUUGGGAAGAGCGGAUGGUACUCCGUCGGGAAAUUUCCUUCUCCUCGAUGGAAAUACUUUCAAACCAAAAGGAACAUGGCCAGUGGACGGAAAGACUGUACAGUUCAAUUACGACUUCUGGUAUCAACCGAGACGAAAUAUUAUGAUUUCUACAGAGUGGGGAUCUCCAAAUAAUAUCAAAAAAGGAUUCGAUCUGUGGCAUGUCGAGAAAGGUCUCUACGGAAAUAGUGUACAUAUAUUCGAAUGGGAUUCGAAAAAAUACAAACAAAGACUCACAUUACCGAUGCCACAUGGAGCCCUACCAUUAGAAGUGAGAUACCUUCAUGAACCGACAAGUGAGAACGCGUUCAUUGGAUGCGCUCUCGGUUCUUCCAUCUUCCGAAUCCAUACUGAUUCUGAGGUGAGUUUUCAUUUUUACUCUCAAAAAACCAACCAUAUCUCGCAGAAUAACUGUCAAACAGCCAGCUUGGUAUCCGCAAUUCCGCCGAAAAAGGUUACUGGCUGGGUUCUACCAGAAAUGCCAGCCCUCAUCACAGACAUUCUCAUUUCAAUGGACGACCUAUACCUGUACGUCUCUUGCUGGUUGCAUGGAGACAUCCGUCAGUACGACAUCUCUGAUCCUGCUAACCCAAAACUUUGCUCUCAAGUCUACAUUGGUGGCAGCAUCCACUCCGAAUCGCCAGUUACCGUAGUCGACCAAAUCACAGACGUUAUUCCGGCACUUUACGUUAAAGGAAGAAAAGUGGAAGGAGGACCACAGAUGUUGCAACUAUCUUUGGAUGGCAAAAGACUCUAUGUCACAACUUCUCUCUAUAAGAAAUGGGAUGAGCAGUUCUACCCGAGCCAAUUGAAGUUCGUUUGAUAGUGUCAGACGACAUAUGCAUCUAGUAUUUCAGAACAGGAGCAGUGAUGCUUCUUAUUGACGUCGACCCCGUUAAUGGAAAAAUGAUAGUGAACAGCGAUUUCCUUGUCGAUUUUGGAACCCUUCCUGGGGGGCCGUAUUUGGCUCACGAAAUGCGUUAUCCGGGAGGAGACUGUACUUCUGACAUUUGGAUCUGA